AUGAGUUACGCAAUUAUAUUUGUUUUCUGCGUAAUCCUUUCGAACACUUAUCAGACGCAAAGUACUGACGAACCGGAAACUACUGCCUCCCUGCAAACUACUGCCGCCCCGGAAACUGCUGAAAAUGCCACGGCCGUUUCACGGGCUCUCAGUUGGUCGAUGUUUUCGUCGUUUUCAUCGUUUUCGAACAAAAUUUCAGAACUACUUGUGGUGAAGAAGAACGUGUUAGCUGCAUAUCCACUGCAACUUGCCUCCACACUAAUCGAUAAGCUAUGUUCCAACACGCUGUUUAUGACUCAUGUGCCAGCCAAAUUUACACCAGAUAUAAGCAAAAUGCAUUUCCAAUAUAUUACCAGCUGUCAGAAUUAUAGCGUACCACUUAUGAAGGCGGAACAACUUUGGCAACACAUGAGCUUUAAUAAGAAGAGGAAAGUGGUAAUUUUAGCUACCGGUUGGACCAAUACAGUCAAUGAUUCUUCCACGUUGGCGUUGCUUUCGAAGGCGUUUCUUUGUCGCAAGGAUGUGAAUUUCAUAAUUGUUGAUGCCGCAUACUAUGUGGACACAUUAUAUAAAUGGGCCGCAUUAAAUACUGAGGAAAUUGGCGAAUAUAUAGCGAAAGGUCUAAGGCAUUUGAUAAAAGUAGUACCGCUAAAAAAUAUACACUUAGUCGGACACAGUCUCGGCGCACAUAUAAUGGGUAAGGCUGGUCGUACUUUCACCAAAUUGACAGGAAAGAAAAUACCACGUAUUACCGGUUUGGAUCCGGCCAAGCCAUGUUUCUACAAAAACGAUACACUCUAUAGCUUGCGACGAGGCGAUGCUGAUUUUGUGGAUGUCAUUCACACAAAUAUCGGUAUAUUGGCGAAGAAGAAACCGCUUGGCGAUAUUGAUUUCUAUCCUGGUGGUGCUAAUUCGCUGCCACCAGGCUGUUUGACUGUAACCUGCGCACAUAUACGUGCCGUCGAGUACUUUGCUGAGAGUGUUUAUCCGGGGAAUGCAAAAAAUUUCAUUGGCUUGAAGUGCGCGGAUUGGAAUGAUUUAAAGAAAUUAAAUUGCCCAGCCGACCACACCUCACCCAUGGGUUAUGCGGUGGAUAAACAAGCUCAAGGUAUUUAUUAUGUGCCCGUGAACCGCAAAUCACCUUAUGGCAAAAAUGCGAAGCCAAACAGCGCACGCUGGGAGAAUGCCAAGUGUAAUAAGUGUGAGAAAGUGAGGAGAAAGAAGAGGGAAAAAAGAAGGGGAAAAGGGUUUAACAGAUGGUUAAGUAGUUUAGUUGUUAAUAGUCAAAUAUUUAAAGGAGUGUGA